AUGUGGGAAGGAAAGAUGCUGACUGCACGAACGCGAAAUUUGGCAGAGGAAGUCGCGAAGAUACAGCCAGCAUUACCUCGUGCUUCUAAGGAGAAAACUUCCACUUCCAAGACUACUACUGUUGCAAAUACUACUGCUAAUACUACGUCUAAUAAGAAUAGUAAUAAUCCUACUACUACUAAUAAUACUAAUAAUACUAGUACACCUUCAUCGUCUGAGGGUAAUGAGAGCGAUGCUGUGUGUGUGGAGGAUGUCUAUUCCUUUCCAGCCACCACCGGCAUUGGAUUUGAUAUUCUUCUGCAAAGUACUCGACAUGGUGGGGCUACUACUGCUAACGCUGCUAUUCCAGCAUCCAAAUCCCAAUCUCAAUCCAAGUCUAAAUCUAAAUCCCGACCACAGCCCUUCACACAUCUGCUAGUUUGUGACUUUGAGGCUACAUGCGAUUCGGCGAGUCCACAUUAUCAUCACGAGAUCAUCGAGUUCCCUGUUGUUUGUAUUGACGUGGCACAACUUCGCGUAGUGGCGGAGUUUCACUCAUUUGUGCGUCCCACACGACAUCCGAUUCUCACAGACUUCUGCACAUCACUUACGGGUAUCACACAGGCCGUUGUUGAGGCGGCACCAACACUACCAGAAGUCCUGCGGCAAUUUCAAACUUGGUUAACGAAUGAUGUCUACCCGCUUUGUAAGUCUGCAGACCCAAACAGCAUCAGUCGAUUGAAUCAACAACAACAACGCCAAUUUGUCUAUGAUGAGGCUCAUCACCCGGCAUGUGUAGAAUAUGAGAAAAAGGUCUGUUUCGCCACCGAUGGACCCUGGGAUAUGCGUAAGUUUAUGCAUGAGUGUAGUGUAUUACGUGAUGGACAUGAGUUUCCCCCAAUUUUUUAUCGCUGGGUGAAUGUUCGCCAUUGUUUUUCAGAACACUUUCGCACUCGCCCACGCAAACUAACCGACAUGCUGCGAAAACUUGGAAUGUGCUUCCAUGGCCAUCCCCACAGCGGCAUUGAUGACGCCCGCAAUAUUGCCCGUAUUCUCAUUGAAUUGCUGAGACGCGGCUAUCAGGUGCGGCAUGUGAGUACCAUCAAGUACACCGCCGGUGCAGGGGGCGAUGGAAACAUGACCGCAGCAGUGGCGGAGUUAAUGGAGGAGUUCGACGUGAGUGAAGGGCGGCCAACUCGCUGCAAAGGCGAAAAGAAACAAAAGCGCAAACACCGCAACCGCCACUAG